GAGAGGCGACAAGUUGGUUUCGUACCAAAUGAGUCUGGACAAUCAGCAAAGGAUUUCUUUCGCCAAGGCUUGCUAGAGAAUCGAGAUGAGUUCAAAGCUAUCAUACGGGAGGUGAUUAUGGAGACGGGAGGGGAAGCAAGUGGAUCACAGAGAGAUGUUCAGCAAAGGGGCCCCCAGGCUUCAGGUCAUAGUGUUGUUGAGACUGGUCGCAGGAGUGAGGAGCGCACCGUAAUAUCGCAGGAGUGAGGAGCGCACCGUAAUAAUGCUCCCACCGUCACAAAUUGGAAGGAAGCCAUGAGAGUUCUUCAUUAUCUCAAUCAGACAAAAACCAUGGGAAUAACUUUUAAACGGAAUGGAAGUCUAAACUCACCAUACCCUGGACUAAUUGCAUAUAGCGAUAGCGACUUUGGAGGAGACUCCUCAGAUCGUCGCUCAACCAUUGGCAUCCUUCUGCAAUACAAUGGCGCUCCGGCAGACACUGUUGGAGGAAACGAGAGCAGAGACCCGGGUGGUUCUAUUGAUGAAGCAGCUGGGGAAAGCGCGUCGGCUCUGGAAGAAGUACUUUUGACAGAAGAGCUGGAAACCCCAUUGUCGGCAUGGAAUUUGUGGUUCUGUGGAAACGAGAAAAAACAAAUCCCCCCUUUGAGAAAUGUUUCUGCAGGGGAGUUGAAGCCUGGACAAAGCAAUACAAAGCGACGUUCAGACGUGAAGUUUCUCGUGAAAUGUUUUGAGCAGCAUAUGAACAACGUGCUAGCUGACAAGGAUACAGACGAGAGGGAUACAGAACUAAGGAGGUUUGAAGAGUUGAAAAGAGGAACCGGAGUCAGGCGCAUGCUCAGGGAAUCGCAGGAGAUUUUUGUCAAGUAUGAGUCGUCUUUCUACAGUUGGAUCAAUGUAGACUCGGGCUACAGUUUCCGCAGAGGGCAAUUGAAAUGGAAUACAUUCGUGAAGAAGUUAAGGAAAAAAUUCAAGAAGAACUCAGGCUCAUCUGCAUCAAGUCGUUGAGAAUAGUCAGGAUGAUGUUUUCUUUGAACAUGGAAUAAAAGUACUUGAAUACGCUG